ACUGGACAUAGUGGCUCCAUUUAAGAUUUGCUUAUCUGUCCCCUCCUUCCUCCGUCCACAAGUCGGCUGGGCUAGGAAUUCUCUCCAAACAACGCAAAGAGCUGCUCACUGACGGGAUGUUUUAAUCCGCGCUGAUGGACUUGAGUGAAUUUGCAACCUUGAAUCACCUUAACGGCAACUUGAAGUAUUUCCCGUGCGCCAUUCCGAUGAACGCUGCACCAAGCGCGGCGCUGCGUAAAGCCCACCAGCUCGUCCCCGGUCGGUCGUAAGAGGUGGUAUUAAGCGCGGAAAGAAAAUGUCUCACUGAGCAAGUCGACUUUACUUGAAAGGAUGCUGGAAUAACCACGUUUGGGAGGAGAUCAAGCUCAGACGUCUGACAGCCACUGACUUAUGAGGAGUGUCACUCCUCUCUGCGCAUCCCAUCUGACCGUUGGUUGACCCUUUCAUCAACGCUCAACACGUGUGAAGUCAACUCCCUGGUUGACACAGCUCAUCAGCCGGGGCCAAGUGGCAGCAAUCAAAUACACAACAACUGAACGGUGGCUAAUCGUUGCCUGAAGCCGCUCGCGCAAAAGUAGCAACAUGCUGCCCCGGUUCCCGAAUGCGCUGCGGCACCUCUCAAAGCUGCAGUUGAAUUAGAAAAUUAUUUAAGCUGUAAAGCCUUUUGUGGACAAAGCAGUGAAGCUGUAAACGGAAGGAAAAAAAAGAAGUUUCCACAGAAAACCACACAGAACGACAUCAGCGAUGCUUUGGCCCGUAUUGUUCAGUCUGCAAGCUGUGUGCACCAGUGUGUCACAUGCCAUGCAACAUUACCCGGCAGCCUGGGGACACUAUGACGUGUGCAAGUCCCAGAUCUAUACAGAGGAGGGCCUGGCGUGGGACUACAUGGCCUGUCAGCCUGAAGCCACCGACAUGACAAAGUACCUGAGAGUGGCCCUCGACCCCCCAAAUAUCACGUGUGGAGAUCCGCCUGAAACGUACUGCGCUUUGGAGAAUCCUUACAUGUGCAACAAUGAAUGUGACGCCACCACCGAGGAGCUGGCUCAUCCUCCAGAGCUGAUGUUUGACUUUGAGGGUCGCAACCCCACAACGUUUUGGCAGUCGAGCUCGUGGAAGAAAUACCCAAAGCCUCUCCAGGUCAACAUCACGCUGUCGUGGAACAAAACCAUCGAGCUGACCGACGACAUCGUGCUGACCUUCGAGUCCGGCCGACCGGAGCAGAUGGUCCUGGAAAAGUCACUCGACUACGGCAGGACCUGGACCCCUUACCAGUUCUAUGCCACCGACUGCCUGGACGCAUUCACCAUGGAACCCAAGACGGCCAACGACCUCACGCAGCGCACCCUGCUGGACAUCAUCUGCACCGAGGACUACUCCCGGGGCUACGUGUGGAAGAACGACAAGACGGUCCGCUUUGAGAUAAAGGACCGCUUUGCCCUGUUCGCCGGGCCUCGGCUGCACAACAUGGCCUCGCUGUACGGCCAGUUGGAUACCACCAAGAACCUGAGGGACUUCUUCACCAUUACUGACCUGAGGAUUAAGCUGCUGAAGCCAGCCACGGGAGCCACCAUGGUGGAUGAGAAUAACCUCUCCAGAUACUUCUACGCCAUAUCCGACAUCAAAGUGCAGGGCAGGUGCAAGUGCAACCUGCAUGCCAACAGCUGUGUGUUUGACAAGGGGAAGCUGGGCUGCGAGUGCGAACACAACACCACGGGGCCAGACUGCAGCCGCUGUAAGAGGCACUACCACGGAAGGGCCUGGAGUGUGGGCUCCUACCUGCCUAUACCCAAAGGAACGGCAAAUAUAUGUAUCCCCAGCAAUCAUGGACCAGUGCAUCGAGCAAAUGCUUCAUCUCUUGGUGUUGCAAAUCGUAACCAAGCUCGGGUGUGCGACAACGCCAUGCUGCGCUGUCAGAACGGCGGCUCCUGCCACCACCACCAGCGCUGCCACUGCCCCCCCGGCUUCACGGGCGUCCUGUGCGAGCGGGCGAGCUGCCGGGGCCCCGGGGAGUGCGACGACCAAUUGGCCGGACGGGCCGCUUUCCACCGUCCCCGCAUCGGCUGCCCGCUCGCCAUCGGCCUGGCGGCGCUCCCGCUAUUGUUGAUAGUUUCCCUUUGCUGAGAGACACGCUAUCGGGGCCCUCCGAUCCGCCACCGGGAGAAAAAAAAAAAAACUCAUAAGGAACACGUGUGUUGAGCUUGAGCUCUCAACAGCAGGGACGUAAGAUGGCAAAGGACUUGCGGGCAAUGUGCUCGGCGUACAAUAUAUGUAGCUACUUUGUAUUUUCGAGGAAGAGACUGAUUGUGCGCUCAUCGGUUGAACUUGAUGAGGGACGGAUUUGUGAAAGACUGACAGGGGAAGUCAACGCGGUCUUGUGAUGUUGCAGAGGACGCGGUUGGCCCCCUCCCUUUGUGAUUACGUCAUUGGCUGAGACGUGACAGCAGACUCCGAUAGAGCCCACUGAGAGCAAACUGUACAAAACUAGACACACGAUUUCUUAGGAUAAUCUGAACUUAUUAAAAAAUGACAAGGCGGACGGGGACGUGUUAAAAGAGUUUGCCUCACUGCCUCCAUCCUUACUCGACUCCUUUCCUUACCAACUUCUUCUCUCCUUCCUUCCCUCUCCCUUCCUUCACCUUCUCCUCCCUGUGCUUUGGUGAUUCUGGUGAUCCUUCUUUGAUGAAACGGUGUCUGUUGUUUUGCCAAAUGCUGCACAUGUAUCAUUAUCAAGCCCCUUGACAAGAACCAAUCUAAUGCUUUUUUGUUUUCAGAGGCUUUGUAGUCACGCUUGAGCUCACAAGUUGUAACAUACUGUAACUGUAUUUAAUUUUUGUAUAAAAACAGAUAUUUUCAUGACUAAGCAAAUCAAAAAGAUGUAUUACUUGUUUUCUAUUGCUGCCAAUAUGUCCAGGAUGUGGCCUACGAGUGCACAAAGACUUUGGUCCUAUUCUUUUUUUCUUUUUUGCUUGUGUGGCACAUGGUUCUCUUCAUUUGAGAGCUACUGUCCAAACUAUGUUUACAGUACACACUUACACAAUACAGUUCCACCAAAGGGAAAAGGAAAAACAUGUCUUUGUCUUGUUGUUGAACAGUCAUUUUAUUAAGUAGUAACAUUUGGACCUGAUGUGUGGAGUGAAACAGUGUAUUGUUUGUGGAUAUGUACAAGCCGAGGACAAUAGCUGAAUGUCAUUUUAAAGGAUUUUUGAAAUCUAUAACUACCAA